UUUCACAGAGCUUCUUUCGAACGAUCUGAUUACCCUCAUACACGACAGAAUUCCAUACUUCACUGGCAAAGGAAUGAUUCUACAUCUGUGUCGGACUUAUGCUUAUGUGCUAGAAACUUUGGGCAGACUGAAAGAGGUUGACUAUUUCGCGGAGCGUUGGGAACAUGUUUACAAAAAUGAAUUAUUGAAAUCACCUUAUAUGGCAUUCCUUACAGUGCUUGUUGGACAGGAGCCGGAAGAGUUGGAACAGAGAAUGGCUGAUGCUUACGGCAUCGAGGCCACAGACUCCUUCUUCUCAGAAAAAUAUCAAUUGUAUCUAUUGGCUGCCACUCAUUACAACUGCUUUGUGGAGAAGCUAACCGACGAAUUUCUACGUUGUUUAACUGUUCUGAUCUUGUCUGAAGCCAGGAGGAAAAAUGAACUAGUCGCAAUGGUUGGAAAGUUGCGAAAAGAUUAUAUCUUCCACUCUCGUUCAAAGAAACUCAGUGCACUUUUCUUCGAUGCCGUUUUCAUUGUAACAAGUGAUGCAUAUUCUGAUUGCGAUAAAGAUGAUAUGGAAAUCGGAAGAUGGACAAGAUAUGCCUCAUCCGUUUUAAAGAAGAACGAAGAGAACUAUCUCUACACCAUGCUUACAAAGUUCUCGGACAUGAUGGACGAGAGGACUGUUAAGCUGAACAAAGAGAAUACAACCAUUGAACAAGUAUUAACAGUAUUGGAAAUGAUUCAGGAUAUGUCCAUCUCUGUCAAGUGCUACGACGCUAUUAUGUACUUUUUCAUUGUACUCCUCACACUUUUCGCUAAAAGCCGCUCCAAGCACUUUUUCCGAUGCUUCCAAGUUGCAGGGCUCUAUUUUGCUCAUCCAGAGCACUAUUUAGAGAUAAACAAAAUCACACGUAAGUUCAUGACUAGGUAUUGGGUCCCCGCAUUCUGUCAGUUGCAUAGUAUCAAGAACGAGAUCUGUUCGCGUGAAUUCUUCUGCGAAACCUUAGCGAACUUUGCUUAUAGAAACAUCGAAGACUUUGGUAG